GUUGUGCCAAAGUCAAGAUGGCGGCCCUGAGAAAUGUUUCCAGACUUUCAUUGCGAACUCAAAUCUGUCGCUUUUCUGCCAGUCAGCGGCAGUUAACAGGGAUAACGAGGUAUCUUGCUUCACCGGAAAAACUAACACAUACUGGACAGGCAUUUGACGAGGGAGAUUACAGAAAAAUCAGGUACAUCGACAGAGACAAGGAAUUGAAUGAAAAGUUUGCCAUUGAUUUGGUCGAUGAAGAGCCACCAAAGGAAGUGAACACAAACAACGUCUGGUGCGAUGGUGGGGAUCCAAACUUGGGUCAUCCAAAAGUAUUCAUCAAUCUGGAUAUACCGGGACCCCAUGCAUGUGGAUACUGUGGUUUAAGAUACGUCUACACGGGACACUGACAAGCCAAGAUUGAUGUAUAGCCUUCAAGAAGUAUUUGUAUAGUUACAAGAAUGCAGUUUAUUUUAGAAAAUAUUGGUGGUCAUCACCAUAGCUGAUUGAUAAUAUCAUCUGAAUGUUCCCUUGGCAUGAAGCUUACACUGUUACCUAUUAUUGCCUAAAUUAGAGUCCAGUUACAUAGAGCAACUUUAAACUUGAAAUGUGGCAGUGCACAAACAAAAUGUUGCUUACCAGAAUUACCAUGUCAUCUGCACUGUCUGCCAAAAAUUAUAAGCAACAUUUGCUGCUUUAAUAUGCAGCAAAGGUGGGCCAUGGUCUAAUAUUAUGUUUUCAGAGCAUACAAACAUAUUUAAAUUACUUAUUUCACAGUUGAGUUUUGAAUUCUAUUUCUUGGAAACUAGUUGGUUGUAAUGAAUAUGUUUAUUUUUUCAAUACCAAAACUGUAUCAUCAUUGUAGGCAUUGCAAAAAAAACACAAUUGGUUUAAUUUCUUAGUUAAAAAAAAAAGGGUCUGGGUUUGAUUUGAAACUAACGCCCCCAAUUAUCUUGAACAAGCUAGGACAAAUGAAGAUAUAAAACAAAACUGUUCCUCUAGGUGUUUGAGUGUAGUUAUUGUUUCAGAAUAAAGUGGUUGUUUUUAAUACUAACUAUUAGUAACUAACUGUUGGUACUGCACUUUGUGAGAUUAAAUUAUAGAAAUCAGCUUUUUGAGUUCAAUGCAACCCUCCUACUGUCUGACCAUUCAAUAGCACCCUCUUCUGCAUAUAUAAACUAUCCCAGCCUGUAGUUAUGAUUAAGAUACCACUUGGUGAACACAGGUACAAACACAAAGUUUUAAGUGCAGUUGUGCAUAAUAUAAAUGGUCUAAAAUGUUUGGCCAACUCAACUGGAAAAUAAUUUAAAUAACAAGGGUGGUGGAAAUAAAUUGAAUUGGAUCGCAUGAAAAUUGACCUCGACUGGAAAUUAAUUGUAAGUGCUCAACUGCAUUGUUUCUGCAUUGUAAAUAAGAAAUAAAGAUGACAAGUUAAUAAUCA